AUGAAAGAUAUUUAUGAUUUUUGUAAUGAUAAUACAGAAAUUUCCACGGUAAAUAUAACAGAAUACAAUGAUUUUUGCAAGAUUCUUGUAAGAAAUUUAAAGGGUGCAUCUUUAGAUGAAGAUGAUCCCAAAUAUGUAACCCACCCAGGCUAUAUAGAUCCUAAUAUACGAUGUAUCUAUUUAAAUAUAUGGCUACAUUUUUACACAAAAAUACAUUGUAUUCCAGUUGACGUUAUGAAAAUUCUUUUUAAUAAAAUAGCUGAUAAAAUAUCCCAAUUGCAAAUAAGUAAUACUAAGUAUACUAAUUGUUCUUUAGAAUCAUAUAAUGAAGCUGGUAAAAAACCAGAAGGAAAUAUAACAAAUUUAAUAAGUUUUCUGUUUAGGGAUCAUGAUAUUCCACCUAAAUUAUUUAGAAAAAAUUCAAUAGAUUAUUGUGAUAAUAAGAAAAAUGAAAGCGUUAGAAUGUAUUCAGAAUUUAAAGGAACUUAUUGUAAUGAUACUCAAAUUGCAAAUAAUAAAAUUAAUAUUUUUUGUAAUGAAUUAGACACUUUUAAAGAAUCUAAUAUAUCAUUAUUUGAUGAGGAAUUAUUAAAAGGAGUCACACCACUAUCGAGUCCCCCUCAAUCAGGUGAAUCUCAAGAAACUUCUGAUACAAAAUCUGUUCAGGAUGUUUCUACAAGUAUCCAAAGUACAUUGACCACUGUAAAAAGUAGUAAAAACCCUGCUGAUGCAAAAGAAAAUAAAGGUGUUACAGGUGAUAUUAUAAAA